AUGCGGGUCGGGAUGCGGUGCCCCAGGAUGACGCGCCAGGACCCUCCCCGUGCCCAGCACCGUCCCGUCCCCACCCCCGCCCCCUCCCCGGCGCUUUCCCCGCCCGCCCCGUCCGGCGGAGCCCCGGGGGCGGGGGCCAGGUACGGCGGGGCGGGCCGGCCGGCCGGGGGAGGGCCCGCGGGGAGCGGCGGGCAGCUAAAGGCAGGUGCCGGCCCCGAGAGCCGCCCCGGGCUGGCUCGGGGGUCCCGCGGCGGCCGGGGCCAUGCGAGGGGCGGCGGCCUGAGCGGGGCGGCCAUGGCCGGGGCGGCGGGCGGGGAGCGGCGGGCGGCGCUGACGGCGGUGCGGACCGAGGGCUCGGGGGGGACCCCCGGGGCGGGCAGCGGGACCCUCCCCCCCCUGCCGCCGCCGCCGCCGCCCCCUCCCCGCCGCCGGGGGCUCGGGGCCGCCCCCCGCCCCGCCGGGGCCCCGCGCUGCUGCCGCCGCCGCCUGCAGAACUGCCUGUACAACGUGCUGGAGCGGCCCCGCGGCUGGGCGUUCAUCUACCACGUCUUCAUAUUCCUCCUCGUCUUCAGCUGCCUGGUGCUGUCCGUCUUCUCCACCAUCCAGGAGCACCAGAAAUUGGCCAACGAGUGCCUCUUCAUCUUGGAGUUUGUGAUGAUCGUGGUGUUCGGCAUGGAGUACAUCAUCCGCGUGUGGGCCGCCGGCUGCUGCUGCCGCUACCGCGGCUGGCGCGGGCGCUUCCGCUUCGCCAGGAAACCCUUCUGCGUGAUAGAUUUCAUCGUCUUCAUCGCCUCGGUGGCCGUCAUCGCCGCGGGCACGCAGGGCAACAUCUUUGCCACGUCGGCGCUGCGCAGCAUGCGCUUCCUGCAGAUCCUGCGCAUGGUGCGCAUGGACCGCCGUGGUGGCACCUGGAAGCUGCUGGGCUCCGUCGUCUACGCCCACAGCAAGGAGCUCAUCACCGCCUGGUACAUCGGCUUCCUGGUGCUCAUCUUCGCCUCCUUCCUCGUCUACCUGGCCGAGAAGGACGCCAACGUGCAGUUCGCCACCUACGCCGAUUCCCUGUGGUGGGGCACGGCCCCCCACUGCUGUGCCCCCGGGCAGGUCACCCUGACCACCAUCGGCUACGGAGACAAAGCGCCGCAGACGUGGCUGGGCCGGAUGCUGGCGGCCGGAUUCGCCCUGCUCGGCAUCUCCUUCUUCGCCCUGCCCGCUGGGAUCCUGGGCUCCGGAUUCGCCCUCAAGGUGCAGGAGCAGCAUCGGCAGAAGCACUUUGAGAAGAGGAGGACUCCAGCGGCCAACCUGAUCCAGGCUGCCUGGCGCCUGUACUCCACCGAUGCCAGCCGGGGGUACCUGACGGCCACCUGGUGUUACUACGACAGCCUCCUGCCCGCCUUCAGAGAGCUGGUCCUUAUAUUUGAGCAUUUGCACCGGGUCCGCAACGGAGGAUUUAGGAACUCAGAGGUGAAAAAAUGGCCUGAGAGAGCCCCACCACCCUAUCACUGCUUCACCCCCGCCCAGAAAAGCUUCAGCCUGGCCAUGUGUGCAGGGGAAAGCUGGAAUGAGGAGGACGCGCAGCCCCACAGGUGUUUACGCCUCAGCAACAAGAUGGGCAUCAAGGAGCGGAUGCGGCUGAGCAGCUCUCAGCGCCAGGGCAGCCGCGGCCGGCAGCAUCAGCAGCAGCACCUGGGGCCGCCCCUGCACCGCUCCCCCAGCCCCGAGGACGUGGCCGAAGCCUCCAGCCCCACCAAGGUGCAGAAAAGCUGGAGCUUCAACGACCGCACGCGGUUCCGAGCGUCGCUGAGGCUCAAACCGCGGACGCCCACCGAGGCUGACUGCCCGCCAGAGGACAGCGGUGAGGAGAGGAGCUCCCCCUGCGAGCUGACCUUUGAGGACAUCAUGCCGGCAGUGAAGACCCUCAUCAGGGCUGUCAGGAUCCUGAAGUUCCUGGUGGCCAAGAGGAAGUUCAAGGAGACCUUGCGUCCCUACGACGUCAAGGACGUCAUCGAGCAGUACUCGGCCGGACACCUGGACAUGCUGGGCAGGAUCAAGAGCCUGCAGACGCGCGUGGACCAGAUCGUGGGCAGGGACCGGGCGCUCCCAGCGGACAAGAAGGUUCGGGAGAAGGGCGAGAAGCCGGCGCUGGAGGCAGAGCUGGUGGACGAGCUCAGCAUGAUGGGGCGCGUGGUCAAAGUGGAGCGGCAGGUGCAAUCCAUCGAGCACAAGCUGGACCUGCUGCUCGGCCUCUACUCGCAGUGCCUGCGCAAGGGCUCCAGCAACUCCUUCAUCCUGGCCGCGGUGCGGGCGCCGCCCGGCGAGCCCGACGUCACCUCGGACUAUCACAGCCCCGCGGAGCACGAGGACAUCUCGGCGUCCGCGCAGACCCUCAGCAGCUCCAGGUCGGCCAGCGCCAACAUGGACUGAGCAGGAGGCGGCAGGAUGGGGUGAUGGGGACGGAGGGGCGUUGUCCCUUCGUUGUCACCUCGCUGUCCCCUCACGGUGUUACUUGAACCGAGUCUUCCUCUGCGGGGACACGGCUGCAGCAGGGUGCCUGUGGCACUGGGGCGUGGCCAGCCCAGGCUCCUGGGGCGUUCCUGAGAUGUUCCUGGGGUUCUCCUGGGGAUAUUCCUGAGGAUGCUCCUGGGGAUGUUCCUGGGGUGCUCCUGGGACGUUCCUAGGUUGCUCCUGGGGAUGUUUCUGGGAUGUUCCUGAGAUAUUUCUGGGAUAUUUCUGGAAUGUUCCUGGGACAUUCCUGAGAUGCUCCUGGGGAUGCUCCUGGGGACAUUCCUGGGAUGCUCCUGGGGACGUUCCUGGGACAUUCCUGGGACGUUCCUGGGGACAUUCCUGGGGACGUUCCUGGGACGUUCCUGGGACGCUCCGAGAAUAUUCCUGGGAUGUUCCUGAGAUGCUCCUGGGGUGCUCCUGGCUUCCUGUAGGAUGAUGCCCCUGCAGCUCUGGGGUCCUGGGUGCUCCCCAGCUGUAGUGGGGAUGCUCAGGGCUGGCCCCAUCCCCUGGGGUUUGGUUUGAAGCCCAUCCCCAGCCCUCAGGACAGGUCCUGCGUGGUCCCCCAGAGCUGAGCCGGGGCCACCACCAGCUAUGCAAGGUCCCAUCUCCCUCUCGCUGCCAGUGCAGGGGUGUGGGGACACGACCCAGGGUGGUUUUACCCGUGUCACUGGGGGUCCCCAGUGUGGGGAGCAGGGGACUGUCCCCCCCUGUCCAGGCUGCACCUCUCCAGAAGCACAGCAGAGCCUUCUGCCUGCCCGUGCAUGCUCCCAGGGCAAUAUAUAUAUAUAGAUUAUAUAUAUAUUUAUAUUUAUGCAAUAAUGUCUUAAUAUGCAACACCCCUGGGAAAAGCAACCCGAGGGGCCAUAGGCAAUAAGCAACCCCCUGCCAGCUCCCAGGCCUGGACUGUGCUGCCCUGGAGGCCCUGAGAGCUCAGGGAAGGGGGAAAUCUCCACCCCAGGGUGGCCCUGGAGCCAGGAAGCUGAGCAGGGGACAGCGCUGUCCCCAAGGAGUGUCCCAGCCCCUGCUCCUGCUUAGGGGAUUCCCUCCCGGCUGGGUCCUGCCGUGCUCAGUUUGUCCCUGUCACCAACAGCAGAGCCACCACAGCCCCGCGCUGUCCCAGUGCCAACGCUGGGGCUGUGCCAAAGUGGCACCAGGAGGGCUCGGUGGUCACCCCACAGCGCCAGGACCUGUCCUGGGCUGCUCCCACCGCUCCCCCUCUCUGGUUUGGCACAGUGGGGUUCGCUCCAGGUUCUCUGCUCCGGGCACUGGGGACUCCCGACCCUGCUCGUCCCCUCUCCCAUCAGUGCAUGCAGCCAGCGCGGGCCGUGCCAGGGCUGCUCGAACCCCCAAAUCCCGGGGGUGCCCGGGCGGUGCCACAGCGGGGCACAGCGCUGGGCGAGGUGCAUGUGACAGCUUUGCAGGAAUUGCAGGAAUUUUAACCCUUUAGAACCCCCCUGCCCGGGCUGGCUGGUCCCCGCAGAGCCCCCCCAGAGCCAGCGGUAGUUACCUCACUUGAUUAACUUAUUAAUUUAUUUGUUUCAUUAAAAUUUGGAGUAGAGGCUGA